CACCCCCAACCCGACCCAGGCAGAAAGGGAAACAAAGGAAAUAUCUCCCAGCCAUGGAUGGAUGGACGCAGCAAGCAAGGAGAGAAAAAGAGAGAGAGAGGUCCAUGUCCCCAACGAAUGGCCCAUCUGCCUACGGACCAUGACAUUUCUGUACAGAGAGAGAGAGAGGCGGCAGCAGCAGCGGCAGCAUUCACUCAUGGUGGACAGACUCGUUCUCCCUCCACCCCCCAAGAUUCCAAGAAUGCCCCAGGUGAGGUGGGUUUCUCUCCUCCUCUGGAGACGGAGACGGAGGGUGGACGACAGCAGCAGCGACCAACCAACCAUCCAUCCCGUCCCUUCCCUCCACAUGCCACGCCAUUACCACCACCCCACCCCAACCUCAAUCGCCUGCCUGCGGCUGCGCCUAGAGAGAGAAAGAGAGAGAAGGGGGGUUGGGGUUGGUGCUGGUGCUGCUCGGCUCUGCCCUCGGUUGCCGUCCAUAGGCCAACCCGUCCCUUGCAACCGAGUCUACCACCACCAUGCAUGGGCCUUUUGGGGUUUUUGGCACCACCUCCAUGGGUCUCCUUCACACGGCGCCGCAGCUGCAGCCAGCGAGCAGCGAGAGGAGAGAGAGAGAGAAGACCGAGAAAGGGGAGGGGAGGGGAGGAAGCAGCGGCCGCAAGAAACUUCCCCCAUCUUCCUCCUCCUUUAUUUCAUUAUUGUCUUCUUCUUCUUCCUUCUUCCUUGUUCCCUUCGCCUUCUAUUCUGCUCAUCCCCCUCCUCUCCCUGCUCGCGUCUCUUGGUUGGUUUCUGGGCCGGGUGAGGUAGGGUUUCUUGGGCUAUGAGGAAGGCCAAGGUGGUCUUGGCUCAGCCGGCGGCGAGGGCGCCGCCGUCGCCGCUGCUGCCGAGGCACGUCCGCGGCGGCGCCGUGGGUGUCGGGGAGGAGGUGUACAGGGCGAGGGCCAAGUUCAAGAACCUCCUCCAGGACUACGAGGAGCUCCUCAAGGAAACUCAUGCAAAGAAAAAGAGAUUACAGGUGGAGAAGCUGAAGAAACAGAAACUUUUGGCUGAAGUGAAGUUUUUGCGGAGCAGGUACAGAUCAAUGUCUGAAAAUCCAUCACAGACGUUUGUCUAUAGAGUGAAGAAUCCGGCAUUGCCACCCACAUUGCAGCAUAAUGGUUGGGUUCAUGGUGACGAGCAUCAAACAUUUCAGGCUAUUGGAAGCCCUAGCAAAGGCCCAUCAGCGCACCGAAGACUGAAAUCUGCUCCAAGAACAUCUCCGGUGAUUGAUCUCAAUGAGGCUUGCCAGCCGAGUUCUGAAGAGAUGGAGGAACUUCAUGGUUACCAGCAGCCUGUUAGGGCUGGCAAGGUCAUGAAGUACCCAAUGGAGGAUGAUGGUGCCACGGGUGCUGGUCCUAGUAAUGCGAAAAUGGCGGCAUUCUGGGAUGCCCGGAGCGCCGCCUCCCGAGCUGGUAAGAGAAAGAUCUCAUGGCAGGAUCAGUUAGCUCUUAGAGUAUAGCUCGAUCUCAUGGUUGGUAAUAACAGUGUUGAGAGUUAGCUGGGAAGAGGAACUAUGUUUCGGCAUCCCUGUUCCUCGAGUUGUAAAAGAAUCCUUAAAGAGGAAUCAGUGGAUGGGUACCGUGCUCCUGGCGCUUGAUGAAAUCGUAAUUAUCAAUCACUGAUUUGUUGUGUUGGGUUAGUGUGCCAUCUCGACAACAACUCUAGGUCUCUAGGGCUAAUCUUAUUUGAGCGAAUGAAUUUUAAUGGGAAUCCAGUGAGAUCUUCUAUUCUUGUUGCUGGAGCUGCAUCAGUUUAUUCUUAUAGAGCUGUAAACAAUAAGGGAAUAGGAUUGUGGAAUCCAUUGUUACUGUGGAUUACAUACCUGUAUGAAGAGUGUAUUGACAGUGUGAGAUGCAAAUGCAUGGUUCUUGCAGCCAUGUACAUAUUUCUGUUAUUUAAGGUGCAUCAGGUCUA